CUCUUCCUCCUUCUUCUCCUCCUCCUCCUCUGGGAGCGCGCUCGCCCGGCCGGCAGCGAGAAGCCGGCGGGAGGAUGCUGCAGACGGCGGCGGAGCCGGGCGGCUGGGCAGGCAUGAAGCGACCCCUGAGCCCAUCCCACAGCCCCGAGAGCGCGGUGCGGCUGGCAGAGGUGGCCAGCUGCCCCCCCAGCCAGCCCGAGCAGCGCAUGAAGCGGGAGAAGAAGCACCAGUCGUUCACGCUCUGCGAGGUCUGCAACAUCCAGCUCAACUCAGCCGCGCAGGCUCAGAUCCACUACAACGGCAAGUCCCACCAGAAGCGCCUCAAGCAGCUCAACAAGGGGAAGAUGCCGGCAGCCCAAGGUCCCUCCGGACACAGCAGCCCCCUCUUAGCAUCGUUGCCCAUCCCUGGACGGCCCCUUCACCCCCCCUUGGACAUCAAGCACUUUCUGACCUUCAGGCUCAACGGGACAUCACCGCUCAACCUCUUCCCCAACUUCAACACGAUGGACCCGGUGCAGAAGGCAGUGAUCAGCCACACCUUCGGCGUGCCAGCCCCGCUCAAGAAGAAGCAGUUCAUAUCCUGCAACAUCUGCCACCUACGCUUCAACUCGGCGAACCAGGCAGAAGCCCACUACAAAGGGCACAAGCACGCACGGAGGCUGAAGGCCAUCGAGGCCAUGAAGAACAAGCAGAAGGUGGCGGGGGCUGCAGCGGGGACCCCCGGCCAGGACAGUGCAGCUGACCUGUCCCCCAGCCCCGAGGGCAGCGGGGAGCCCGGCAGCACAGCCGACGCCAGCAGCCCGCAGGAGCCGGAGGGUGAGGGCAGCAGCCUGGGGCUGGCGCCCAGCGCCGAGGAAUCACCCACGGAUCUGCCGGGCAGCAUCGCCCCGCUGGGCUCCCCACCGGCCUCUGAGCUCUCAGAGGGCACCUCUGACGCCACCAGCGUGGCCUCCUCGUCCGCCCAGGCAGCUGAGGCACAAGCAGCUGAGUCGGGCGGCAGCGUCGGCUCAGCCCCCGAGAGCGAGAAGGAGGGGAAGAAGAGCAAACAGCACCUGUACUGUCCCACCUGCAAAGUGACCGUCAACUCCCUGUCCCAGCUGGAGGCUCACAACACCGGCGCCAAGCACAAGUCGAUGCUGGAAGGUCACGGCACCCAGCUGCGGCGAGGCCGGGGCAAGCUGCUCUCCCGGGCAGGGCACAAGUCCAAGCGGAUCGGGAACAAGGGCAGCAUCAACAUCCAGAACAAGGCGUUCCACUGCCAAGUGUGCGAGAUCUAUGUGAACUCAGAGACCCAGCUCAAGCAGCACAUGAGCAGCCGGCGACACAAAGACAGGCUGGCGGGGAAGCCGCCCAAGCCCAAGUACAGCCCCUACAACAAGCUGCAGAAGAAUGCUGCCCUCGCAGUGAGUAUUCUCAAGUCCAAGCUGGCUUUGCAGAAGCACCUCACCAAAACCCUGGCGACCCGCUUCCUGCCGAGCCCGCUCACCGCCGCCGCCGUCUGCGCCAUGCCCGGCCCCCUCGCCCUGCGACCAGCCACUGCCACCACCCUCUUCCAAGCCCCGAUCCUCGGACCAGCCCUUUUCCGAACGCCGCCUGCCCACGUCCGCACCACGCCGGGCCCCAUCGUCUUCGCACCCUACUAGAGCCGCUGGCCCGCCGAGGGUCCGCGCCGUGGCCGGGCUGUGCUGCGGGGGGCUGUGCGGGGCAGGGGCAGCGCUCCUGCCUACCUGCUCUCCUGGCUGGUGGGAAACCGUAGUCAUAGACAUCGAAUCCAGAUUCUCCUUUGCUUGGAGAGGGCUCCUGCUGGAGCGAGGUGCCCCGGCAGAGCCCGACCAGCCCUGCCGCACAUCCCCACCGCUCCCCCCGGCCCGUGCCGGCCCCGCGCUUGGCAGAGCAGCCCAUCACGGCUGGGCAGUGCACGGGAGAAGGCGGUGCCUGAGUCAGCAGGACCCUCUCGUGGCCAUGACCUGCCUGCCCUUGGCCUGCUGGCUGCUUCUUCGUCGCCCUCUCAGUUACCAGACUGGAAGGAGAGGAGCUAGCUGGUCCCUGGGAGAAGGAGCAUCCUUCUGGUCCCUGCCAGCCCAAUGGGAAGGGAACUGUGGGGGGAGUCUCAGCCCAGCUCUUACUGGGAGAGUAGGAGCACAAGUGGGAAGCCAGCAGUUCCCCUCUCAACCUGGGCUGGCUGUGCCCUCGCCAGCCUCACACUUGCCUGUGCUGGCUUGGGGGUUUCUGUGCCACCCACCAGCCCCUCAGUUCCCACAUCUCCCUGCAUCCCACCAGCCAAAGAGCCCCAGCGGCAGCAGGCACCAGCCACACUGACCGUAUCCUCACUCCAAGAGCAAUAGCUGACCCCAGGGCCAGUGCCUCCCCCCUCCAAAGCACAUGGGCCCUGCCCUGGCCCCAGAAGCACACAACGGGCACAUGGUUGAGCCAGGACCCCUCCUGCCCAGCGAGGCUGGGAGCACCAGGCUGCCCGGUGCUGGGUCCCCAGGGAGGUGGCCCUGUGCUUGGCACCUCUCCUUGCCUCUGUCCCACCGCGGGGACAGCCCUGCCCCUACCUCCCGGGAGAUGCUGUGAGGCUGAGUGAAUGUCCCUAAAGCACUUUCGGUUCUCCAGUGAAAGGCAACGCUGCUGCUCGCCCGCCGUGCCCGGCCCUCCAACCCCAUCCCCGUUAGGAGCUUCCAGGGAGUUACUGAUGAUUCCCAAAAUCAGAGGUGUCCCCAGCAGCCCGGACAAUCAGGUACGAAGGAGCAGGUGGCACCUGCAACCUGCAGAAUGCUGGGCUCCAGAGGGACCCCCGAGGCCGUAGCUCUGCGUUUCACUGUGCUCAGGCAGCCCAGCCGUGACGUGGUCUGGGACUGUGCCCGCGGCGCUCCGGGUGCCCAGCGCGCUGCUGCACGUGGAGACGCGCAGGGGAGCUGCAUCCCGAACACACCUUUUGCUGGAGGAACACCCCACCCCGAUCUAUGCAAUCCAGGGGGGCAGCUCGCCCGCCGUGUAAGCCACCUGCGUUUCCCUUUGGUGCUGAUGUGUCCGUACAGUCGGGAGCAGUGGUGGGAGCAGAAGAACCAACGUGACACU